AUGCCGGAUCGACGUACAACGCGAAUCGUCCGCGUCCGCACUGGAUGCUGGACCUGCAGGCGGCGGAAGAAGAAGUGUGACGAGACCCGCCCGAUCUGCGGCGGUUGCCUGCGCAACGAUUUGGGCUGCUCUUGGCCUUCCAGCGUUCCAGGGAGGAGCAAUUCGGCCACGGAGAAUGUGGAGAGAGUGAUGGAGGACCGGCGGUCGAGCCUCUUUGAAGUUGGCGAUCUGGAUGGAAUGCAGCUGCCCGCCCGCCCGGCUUCAAGGCAUUCGUCCGUGUCGUCGGUUGGAGGGCAAUCGACAAUCACUGGGAUAGGGCUCGACGAUGCGAUGCAAGAGGAGGGAAUGGAGCGUCGGGCUUCAGUUGCGAGCAAUGAUAGCUCCGUGGCGGCAAUUCCCUUUGGCAAUCUGGUGCCCAGGACCAUGUCGAUGCUACCUGGUUACGAUGCUGAUAGCUAUCAACUGCUCAGUCACUACUUGAGCACGACUGCCGACUGCAUGGCCAACGGUUCAACGCCCAUCAACCCAUUUCUCGUGCAGAUUGUACCGUUGGCGUUUUCAAGCGAUCUUUUAUUACAACUGGUCAUCACGCAAAGUGCGGCCCACCGUGCCUUUCGACGCCGCGAUGAGUCUGACGCGAUCGCCCACUCUCACUACACCAAAGCCAUCCAACUGUUUCGACAUGGAGUCACCGAGUUUAUCGAUGGAAAAGAGCCUAACCCGCUCAUGCUGCUGGUUGGCGCUCUCCUGAUGUGCUUCACGGAGACCGCGAAAGGAGAUACGACUGGAACAAUAUUCGACCACUUGUCCGCUGCUAAUUCCCUCCUUGUCAAGCUGCUGGCACAGAGCGACACCGCCGUUCCGAAAGAACUAAAGAAUUUCGUCAUCGAAUACUACACCUACACCGCGACUGUGAGCAUGAUCUCCGUCGACGCCCGCCUAAGUGGGCAACUGUUCUUGAAUUUCGACCUCGAGCAAAGGGCACGCGAACUUCUGACUAACCAAUACGUCGGCAACCUCUGCGGCUGCUGGCUGGAACUUCUGCUCCUCAUCCCCUGCAUAUUCGAUCUUGGCCGACAAUGGAUGAUGGACGAAGCACAGAGCAUCUCCCCAACCGCAGAUGACAUUGCAAUGUUUGCCUCCAUCCAGGCCCAAAUCCUACGCUGGUCGCCCUAUCCACAUGUCAUCCCCGAGGUCUACCUAGCGGGCUCGAUCUUCCAGCAGGCCAUGUUGAUCUACCUUUACACGUCACUGGGCGGGUAUCAAUACGCGCCCGAUGGAAUAUACAAAGGCCUGGUCGAGAAUGCCAUCACGGAAGCCAUGGGCUAUCUAAACGAGUUAUCACCGCAAGCCCGUAUCAACUCGGGCCUGUGCUGGCCGAUUGCAGUCGUGGGCUCAUGCCUUUCAACGCCAGUGCAAAAGGCGCGCCUACGAACCCGAUUAAACGAGAUGUCAUCCCACUUCGGUCUUGGCAAUAUGCACCGGACUCUCCUGCUACUGGAAGCAAUGUGGCAGCUAUCCCCAUCCGAGGCGGGACCUUGGAAUAUCUGUCGAACGAUGCAGCAGAACCAGAUUUGGAUAUCCUUUGCUUGA